CUGUGCGUAGAAACGUUUUUCCGAUUUUAUUUUUGCUGUAUUGCAUUAUGUUUCAAUAAAAAAUCCUUAAUCGUGAAAAAAAUUUCAAAAAUAUAGUAUUGUCAAAGGGAACACCUAAAGUAUAGUGCUUAAACAAAAAUUACACAUUUUGUUUUAACAAACCAAAGAGAAGAUGAACGUACGGUUAUUAAGCCGACUGCAGCAACGCUGGAGUGUUUUGAGACGUUAUGCGACAAAACCUUCAUCAUUGUCGGGUGAAGAAGUGCGUAUUGGCAGUGGUACCGGCAUUGGAAAUAUAACGGGCAGAGCUCGAGAGGAUGCUAGCUCGCUUACUGUGAAUCAGCCUUCCACCAAAAUCGUCACCAAUCUACCACCGCUAACAGAUCCGAUACCCAAUCUUCCUGAAGUUGAGUAUGCGCGACCCCUAGCCGAAAGCAGUCUUACACAAGUCACUACACUGCCGAAUGGAUUACGAGUUGCGUCUGAACCCAGAUUUGGACAAUUUUGUACAGUUGGACUGGUAAUCGAUUCCGGUCCACGUUAUGAAGUUACAUAUCCAAGUGGUGUUUCACACUUUAUGGAAAAGUUGGCGUUUAAUUCAACUGAGAAAUUUCCAAACAAAGACGCUAUCUUAAAGGAGUUGGAGAAAAACGGUGGUAUUUGUGAUUGUCAAAGUUCACGUGACACACUUAUUUAUGCUGCAAGCAUCGACAGUCGCGCAAUUGAAUCGGUAACACGUUUACUUGCCGAUGUGACAUUGCGGCCAACACUUCAUGCCGCAGAGGUGAGCGCUGCACGCAAAGCGGUGCAAUUUGAACUUGAGACGCUCGGCAUGCGUCCGGAGCAGGAACCCAUAUUAAUGGAUAUGAUACACGCAGCGGCAUAUCGCGAUAACACUUUGGGACUGCCCAAACUGUGUCCAUCCGAAAAUCUUUCAUUAAUAGAUAGAAAUGUUUUAAUGAACUAUUUGAAGUAUCAUCAUACACCUCAACGUAUGGUAAUAGCCGGUGUCGGGGUUAAUCACGACGAGCUAGUGCGCAACGUUGAGAAGUAUUUUGUGGAUGAAAAAGCUAUUUGGGAGACUCAAAGUAUCAAAGGAACCGGUGCAACUGAAGUCGACAGCUCAGUUGCACAAUACACCGGCGGCUUGAAGAAGGAGGAAUGUGAAAUACCAAUUUACGCCGCUACUGGACUACCAGAGCUCGCACACGUUGUUAUCGGCUUGGAGGGUUGCUCACAUCAGGAUCCCGAUUUUGUGGCAUUAUGUGUUUUAAACAUAAUGAUGGGCGGCGGCGGUUCGUUUUCAGCUGGCGGUCCCGGCAAGGGCAUGUACUCCCGUUUAUAUACAAAUGUGCUCAAUCGCUAUCACUGGAUGUAUAGCGCUACGGCUUAUAAUCACGCCUAUGCAGAUACUGGUCUAUUCUGCAUACAUGCUAGCGCGCCACCUAGCAACGUACGUGACAUGGUUGAGGUUAUUACACGUGAACUCGUCAAUAUGGCCAGUGAGCCGGGUAGAGAUGAAUUGAGUCGCUCGAAAAUUCAAUUGCAAUCGAUGCUAUUAAUGAAUCUGGAAUCAAGACCAGUUGUGUUUGAGGACGUCGGUAGACAAGUUUUGGCAACAGGUCAUCGCAAGCGACCUGAACACUUCAUACGUGAAAUCGAAAAAGUCGGUCACGGUGAUAUUCAACGUGUAGCUCGUCGCUUACUUGCCACCGUGCCUUCAAUGGCUGCGCGUGGUGAUAUCGGAAAAUUGCCGGAAAUGAAGGAUGUACAAAACGCUCUCAGCAACGGCGGUCGUUUAUCCUCUCGGCGACUCUCACUGUUUAAGUGAACACAUCCCCAUGUAUAUACAAUUUAAAGAGAAUAUCAAGUCUUUAUGCUUUAUAGGUAAUAUAAACGAAAUAUAAUUAUUUGGAAUAAUAUGUAAGCACGUGUGUUCCGUUCAAAUAAAGCGCCGUUACUGAAUCCAUUGCAGCAUAUCAUAUUGUCGUAACCAUUAAACAAAUUCUAAACUCAUAAGUAAUCAUAUUUGUAUAAAAAAAAAAAUACAUUAAAGAUCAAAAUCCAUUUGAAAUAGUUGUUCAUGCUUUUUGAUUGACAAUGUGUGAGAAAAGCGCUCAAUUAGCAAAUAGUUUGUAGUCGUAAUUUUACGCAUAGCCACAAAUUAUGCAAUGGAUUCAGUUGUAGGCAUGAGUUUAAAUUCA